GGGGCCAACUACUCUGUAGUAACUGAAUUUGUGUUCCUGGGACUCUCCAAUUCCUGGGAAAUCCAGAUUUUUCUUUUCUUCUUCUCUUGUCUUUUCUAUGUGUCCAGUAUAAUGGGAAACCUCCUCAUAGUUGUUACUAUAACUUCUGACCCUUACUUGCACUCACCCAUGUAUUUUCUGCUGGCAAACCUCUCUGUCAUUGAUCUGAUAUUUUGCUCUAUUGCCGCACCCAAGAUGAUCUGUGAUCUUUUUAAGAAGCGGAAAGUCAUCUCCUUUGGGGGAUGUAUUGCUCAGAUCUCCUUUAGCCAUGCUGUUGGGGGAACGGAGAUGGUUCUUCUCAUAGCCAUGGCCUUUGACAGAUAUGUGGCCAUAUGUAAGCCCCUCCACUACCUGACCAUCAUGAGCCCAAGAAUGUGCUUUUACAUUCUGGUGGUUGCCUGGAUCAUUGGUUUCAUUCACUCAUUGUCUCAGUUGGCUUUUGUUGUAAAUUUACCCUUCUGUGGCCCUAAUGUAUUGGACAGCUUUUACUGUGACAUACCUCGACUCAUCAAACUUGCUUGCACAGAUACUUAUAAACUGGAGUUCAUGGUCGCUGCUAAUAGUGGGUUCAUAUCUUUGGGCGCUUUCUUCUUGCUUAUCCUCUCUUACAUCUUCAUCCUGGCAACUAUUAAGAAAUGCUCCUCAGGAGAUUCUUCUCCCUUUGUUUGUGUUUUUAUCAGGUGCAACCUGGAAACUGAUACACUACACCACUCACCAUUCAUUAUGUUAGCAAGUCCAUGUGGCAACUCACUCUCCUAUAUAACAAACAGCAUUAGUGGUCAAAGGAAUAUUAUUAGAUUUUUGUAA